AUCGUAAGUGUUUUUCGUCCAUCACUAGCGCAAACAACUCACACACGUGCACGUGACGACAAUGAGUAAAAAACCGCAUUCCGUUAAAGUUCCAACCCAAUAUCGGGCGACCGCCAAGAUCCUGAAGACGGCACUGCAACAGGGUAAACCGAUUAGGGCUCUGAUAGCUCAGGAGAGGCACGCACGCAUUGGCAGCUUGCAGGCAGUGCUGAAAAUUUAUAGCGAUAAUCGUGGUGCCGUGGAUGACGCCAUUGAACAAUCGGGACUGCUUACGGAUAACCCGAAUCUCGACGCCUGUUUAGCCAAGGUUUUAGUCACCGAGCUAAUUUUCGGUAGGAAACUACUAAACGGCAAUAGCAGACCCGUGGAAACUGUCCGAAACUACCAGGGAAAACUACUGGAAGCAGUCAGUGGAUCCGGAUACAAGAAAAAAGAACAUAAUCCUCGCUAUGUCCGCAUCAACACUAAUCUGUACAGCUGGGAGGCCUUGGAGUACCUGGCUCAAAAUGAUUUUCAGCGUAAGGAGUUGCCUUCGGAUGUCAGCUAUUCAGAUUUCCUCGCUGCCGUGAAAUCUAUAAACGAGAAUGAGUUUAUGACAGAUCUACAUAUAGAGGGCUUGCUCAUUUUCCAUGCCAAGUAUGGAAGUUAUUGGGCGACCCAUGAUUUGGUUCACAGCAAAAAGUUGAUUCUUCAGAACAAGGCCACUUGUUUGGCUGCGGAAUUACUUGCUCCGCCACCAGGAUCCACUGUGCUGGAUAUGUGCGCCGCUCCAGGGAUGAAAACGAUGCACAUGUGUAACGUAAUGCAUAACAAAGGGCGAAUUUACGCCGUGGAGCAGUCCGCCGAUCGCUACAGCAGCAUGUGUAAUAUAACGGAGCAGGCAGGUUGCGAGAUAGUGACUCCUGUGAUGGGCGACGUAUUGAAAAUAUUACCUGAGCGCUUUCCGGACGUGGAAUAUAUCCUGGUGGACCCCAGUUGCUCGGGAAGCGGAAUGCAGAACCGCAUGACCAUGUGCGACGAGCCAAAGGACGACAGAAGACUAUUCAGGCUGGCAGGUUUGCAGAUCAAGAUCCUAUCGCAUGCGAUGAGCGCCUUUCCAAACGUUAAGCGUAUCGCCUACUGCACCUGUUCGCUGUACAAGGAGGAAAACGAACAGGUGGUACAGCGCUGUCUGCAGUUUAACCCACGUUUUAAGCUCCUUAGCUGCAAGAAGGCGCUGCGCAAUAAGUGGAAUAAUGUCGGCGACAAGGAGUACGAAAAAAUAGGAAAGAACUGCCUUUAUAGUUUACCGGACAGCGAUCAUACUGAUGGAAUUUUCCUUGCGCUUUUUGAAAGACGCCCCGAAGGAGAAACAGAUUAAAUUUUUAAGCGAGAAAAUGAAGCCUCCAACUUAGAAUGUAAACUUAAUGUUUAUUAGGCAUUUAGCCAUUGCAUUUUUCAACUUCAGUUGUGUACAUCUUUAUAAAAAAUAAAAAAAAUUACUAUUAUCUUAUGGUUUAUAGAUCGAUCAAUAACACGGUUAAAUAAAUAUAUAACAUAUA